AUGACCACUGUGACGUCUUCGCCAAACGGUACCGGUAAAUUGUGGUAUUGCACAAACGAGCGUCUUCGUCGUGAGUUCUUCCACACAGGUGCCUCCAUACCACCCAUUCAACCACAUCCCGAAGAAACUGAAAAUUCACAAGGAUCAAUUAAAAAUUUACGAAAUAAAAAAACCCUUAAAUCUAAUGAAAUGAAGCAGAAAAAUAAAAAACAAAAGAAACUGGAUAAAGAAGAAGUUGUGGAUGAAAUUAAUAUUAUUACUGCCAGUUCUAACACUAUUAUUAAUUCUAGCGUUAGUGUUAUAUCAACACAAAAAAAGCUACAAAUUGAUUUCCAAGAUAGUCAAAUUGAUGAUCAAAUGAAUGGUGUUCAAAAAUUUGAAUCUCGUAAUAGAUCUCAUUUAAAAAAUUUUGAAAAACUCAAAGCUGACAACGAAGGCGAGGAUGAAAAGGAGGAAUUAGAUAAUGAGGAGGAGCAAGAAGGCGCGGAAGAAAAAGAAUAUGUAAAUAAACCACAACCUAAAUUUCGUAAUAAAUUAUCUCAAACCAAAACAAGCGUAAAAUCUCAAUCCAAAUCUCAUUACGAUUUUAACUCUAAUGAAGAAGAACAAGAUGAGGAAGCAGAGGAAAUACAGGAGGAGUUGGAAGAAGAAGAAUCACCUAAAAUUACAAGAACCUUAAGAACAAAAAGAGUCAUUAUUCAACCUAGCAAACCUUCUAGAAAAUCAUUGCGUCAUUCAAAAGAAACAUUGAAUAGUAAUGAAUCAUUGGUACAAGAUUUUAAAGGAAGAGAUGUCGUUUUUGUUGAUCCUUUGGAUAAAAAUGCUGGCUUUUGGUGGCCUGCAAUGAUUGUUCCAAAUGACGAACUUGACGAGAGCAUGGAUUUUGAUUGUGAUAUUGAUCAUUUGUUACUAGAAGGAAAUUUUCUUGUAAAAUAUUUCGAGGAUAUGACAUAUUCUGUAGUAGAGCAUAAAGGAUUAAAGCAUUUCAUGUUGGGUGAUGAGCCUUACUUGACUUUUGUAAAAAAAAAAGGAUUUCUUGAUCAUAUUGGAGUUAAGAGAGCUCUCAAAUGCAUAAAAAAUAAUGGCGAACCAUCUAAAAGUUUUCAAUGGGAUUAUUGGAAAAAUCCACUUGGAAAAACGAAAGAUAACAAACGGUCGGUAACUAACCGCAGAAUUAUUGCUACUACUACAAAUAAUAGGGCGAUAAGUAGGUCAUUUGCAGCAUCUAAACCAAAUAAUAAAAAAUAUAAAAAUAAAGACAGCAUACAAACCAAAAGGUUUUCUGAUAUCACGCCUCCAUCAUCAAUUCGACAAAUUAAAAACAAAUCAAAUUGUAACAACAAUGAUCACAAUCGUCACUCAUCCAAAUCAGCUAAUACGCACCAACUUAACAAAUCUUAUAAUCGUAAAUCUAUGAAACGAAAUCAUAGUAGCAUUUCACUUAAAUCUGAAUUUGAAAAUGUUACCAAGAUUACUACUCAUCAUAAUUCCGCCUAUUACAUCGCGCCAAAAUCUCGUAAGCUGCGACACACUUCAGAAAUUGAUUUGAUGGAUGAAGAUUCCAAAACUGAAACGUAUUCAGAUGUUACAAUUGAAGAAGAACAUAAUAAUUAUUCAACGGAUGCAUUUAAAAUAGAAAUUCCACUCAUUCCACAAAUAUCAAUCGAAAAUUUGAGUGAAGAAGCGCGAACGAAUCUUUCCAGAUUCAAUUUUAAAGAUCCUGAUCUUGAUAAAAAAGCCAAAGAGAAGCUUUAUGAGGAAGCAGAGGAAAAAUUAAGAUCAUUAUGUAAAGAGUAUCGUACAGCUAUGAAGGAUUUAAAAAAAAUGGAAAAGGAUUUAUUCAAAGAGCAACAAAAAAAAGAUGACCUUGUAAAUAAAAUAGAAUUUAUAAAAUCAACUAAAUUUUAUAAAUUGUUGAUGAAUGUAAUUCAAGAUGUUAAUUUAACAGAUCAUUGGAUGAUUAGAAUUGGUGUGAUUGCUGAAUGGACUAAAUUUUUUGAAAAUGGCUUACAAGAAAUUUUUUCAAUAACAAUUAACAGUCAAAAUAAUUUUGAUUUUAAUAAUGAAGAAGAAAUAAUAAAUAUUUUAAAAGAUGAUUUGAUUAAGUUAUUAUCUGAAACUAGUGUUCCCACCAUAUUUCAAAAUGUUAUAUUUGCAAUUACCGGUCUAUGCUUAGCUUUGAGAUCACUUAAUAAUGUAUCAAAAGAGCAAUAUGCUGCAAAUAUUUUAAGAUGUUUAAGAGAUAAUUAUUUUGUUGAUGGAUCAUUUCAAGACACUGUUGAAAAACAUGAAAAUCAAGAUAUAAGCUUGAUUACAAGUGAUGAAGUACAAUUUAGUGUUAUGAUUUCUUUAGGAUAUUUAACAACCUUGGUACUGAUGGAUGAAAGAUUUACACAAGAAAUUAUUAAUUUGUUGGUUUCAAAAUUAAUUGAUGAUGAUAAGAGAACUCCUGAAAUGGAAAAUAAUUGUUCACAAACAAUUCAAUUCCUUGAAGAAUAUUUUUUUCAAUCAAAUAAUAACCCAGAAACAGAAUCACCAGUAUUAUUGAUUGAUUCAUAUUUAGGUUUUAUGCUUGGAUUAUCAGGGGUUAAUCAUGAAGAAGUUAAAGAAGUCAAGACAAUUUAUCAAAAAGCAUUAUCUGAUUUAAAAAAGUUUGUCGAGUUAAAUGGAAAAGUUGAAAAUGAUCAUAAGCGGCGGAUUUUAGGUUCAGCUUGGUUUGUUGCAUUUUCAAAAUUUGAAAGAUAUGAUGAAAAUAUUAUUGAACUUUUUGAAAAAUUAACAAAAUGGACUGGAUAUGAUGUUCAUUUUACUCAAACUUAUUGUUAUGUAUUACAAACUGUUCUAUUAAUCAUACCAAUAAGAGCAAUAUUACCUAAUUUACAGAAAUUUAAUGCCCAAUUGAGCUCUCAAAUAGAAGUUCUUUCAUCACCAGGAUCUAAUUCUAAAAAACGUCAGAAUGCAAUUUUGGCUUUAGGUUCUUUAUCAGGGGUGAUAUAUCCACACAAUUUUUUUUAUGAAAAGGCCAAUUCAUAUUUGUUUAAAUCUAGACCAUUUACAGUGAUCAAUCAAGUAUUGGAUACAUUAAAAAAUAUAGCAGGUGUACCAUCAUCAUCACCAUCUAGUACUGUUUUUGCUGGAGCAGCAGAAAUAAUGAUUAAAGAUGUGAAAGGUGCAAGGCUGGCAGCUAUUAUUUUGGGCAAGAUGACACAAAGUGUUGAUAAACUUUUAGUUGAAAGUAAUGAUGUUCUAAUAAAAUCAGUAUCAAAAAAUAUUGCUGACACAGAACCUAAAAACUAUUCUAGAUUACCUAAUUCAAGCUAUUUGAAAUUUUUAUUUGUAGCAUUAACAGAUGUAACAGAUAUUUUUUCAAGUAAAAGUCGCUAUGUAUAUAUGAAUUCUCCAGAAUCUACUAUAUCAAUAGAAUCAGCACAAUUGUUUUUUUCAACACUUAUGAAUGUCAAUCAAGUUUUUCCACCAGUAAAUUGGUUCCCCUUACUUGUAGAAUUUAAUAAACCAAACUUUAAACAAUUUAAAUUGCAUAUUGAAAGUAUUAAGUUUGCAAUAAAAUAUUGUGAUUGGUCAGCAUCUUUAACAGAAUACCUUAUGUAUGUAUUAAUGAAAUUCCCUGAUAUUCAAGUUAUAUCUGAUGAUGGUGAUGAUUUUAAUAGUGGUGACUUAGGAUUUGAAGAGAUACUUGUUAAUGAUGGAAUUGCUAAAAUUUUACAACUUUAUGGAUUUGAAAAAAAUGAAAAUGACAUAAUUACAGAAAUCAAAAGGCCAACAACAUCUUCAUCAUCUUCAGUUGCUAUUAAGCAAAGGCGAGGAAUCAAUGACAUUUUAAAAAAAUCAACAAUUCAUGAUUCUCGUCUUUUAGAAAUCUUUGAUGUUUUAUUUGAAAAGUUAUUUGAAAAAGUGGAAAAUAAAUAUUUAAAAAUUAUUAAGAUAAAAUUUCUAAGAACGAUAAAUUAUUAUAUUCCAUCAAAUGACAAAACAUCCAACACUGAAGAUUAUUUGACCAUAACCCAACAAGAAUUAAUUAAACGAUUAAAAAAACAUUUCUACAAUUUUAAAAUAUCAGAUUUGAAAGAACAAGAUGUUUACAUAAUACAACUGUUUACAAAAACUUGUAUGUUUUCUAAUGAUGAUAUUAUAAAAGGUGAUCAGUUGUAUGAAAAUGAGGAAGAAUUCAAGAAAUAUGUUGUAACAAUUUGUACAAUGGUCCAAUUGAAUCGUGUAGAUUCAAAAUAUCUUAUAAAUUUAUUACAAGAAAUAACCAAUUCUCCUAAUCAAGAAUCAUCAUCAAUUAACAAAAUAUGGUAUUAUGGCAUUAAUUUGGUGAUGAAUGGUUUAAUUAAUUUAAGUUGGUGUGAAGAUGAUGUUAACAUUGAUAAUAUUAUUGAUGGUAAUAAUGGUGGUGCUACUACCCUUGCUAAUGCUAUGAUCAAUUCAUGUUUUAUUGAUUGUCAGAUAUUUGAUGAGAAUUUUAUGAGAAUUUUCAAUAAUCCUGUUAUUGUGAAACAACUUCCAAAUUUAAUUAUCAAAGAAAUUCAACAAUCAGUUGAUAUGGAUGAUAAUGGGUUUAACACAUUAAAUGAAAAGGUAACUAAAAGAUUUCUACAGUUAUUUGAAAAUUUGAGGAAAGAUAAGGCAAACGAGGCAAGCCAUAUAUUUUGGGAAAUUUUAAAUAGAUUGAGAUCACCUAAAAUCGGGCUUAUUUCAGAUAAUGAAAAUAAUUUCUUCCAUAAAAAUGUCAGGCGAAUAGAAUCACCCGUUAGUGGAAUUCGUGAAAAAAUAAGUGGUAUGGAAAUCACAGAUUUCGAGGCCCAGCCAGAGUCACAACACUCGUUAACUGAGAAUGGUAAAAUCGAAGAUAUUCAGGUGGAGUCCAUAAGCGCAAUGACACUUGGAUAUGUUGCAAAGAAACUUGUCCCAGAUGAAAAGGCACAUAAUGCAAAAAUGGAAGAUUGGUACGGUGAAGGAGAAGUAUAUCGAAGACUUGAGAAACUUUAUAAGCUUAUUUAA